CGGAAAUGACGUUUGCUCCUCCGCCUGUGUUUUCGAAAAGAGCGGCGGCUUCAAUUCUUCCACAUUUCAAUGAGCUUACUGCAUGAAAGUCCUCGUCGCAGCUCCCCAGCACAGGAUCCCCUCGUUUCGCUGAAGAGUUUGAAGCUCGUUCGCCCCACCAGCACCAUGCAGCCGCAGCAGAGCUCAAAAGAGCGACGGCCUCUCUGCAAACGGCCUCUGAAGAAGAAGCUGGAGGGGAAGACCUUCUAUCUGGACAAUGUGAAGAAACAACAGAUGAUUCUGCUUGGCGAGACCAUACAAGCUUUAGGAGGGAGGGUGGAAAGUUUCCUCCACAAGGACGUGGAUUACGUUGUGACUGGAAGCAAAGAGGACUUGAAGCAAGAGAACCCCGCAGCGACCAAGGGAGCAGCAAAGGACAAGGGUGAAGGAGAUAAACGUCCAGCUGAGCAGCAGGAGCGAGGCCUCGCUGCAGUGAAACGACCAGGAACUCCUCGACCAGCGGUGUGUGGCAGCCGGGGAAAAGCUCUGCUGGAGAAGGCCAUUCGCAACAACGAGCGACUGCAGGCGAGCAGCGUUCUCUCCAGCGCUCGAUCGUGGGGCGUCAAGAUCUUGUCUGUAGACCACGCUCUGUUAUAUUUGAGGAAGCUGACCAAAGAAAGGAGCAUCGCUAAACAGUGCCCUCCUGUCGUGAAAGCUACAACUCUGAAUACUCCCCAUCUGAAAAUCGAAGACGUCAGCAGGAAAUACAAGCCUUUGUUUACGCUGUACGCCACUUUCCCCGCUGUGUGCCGCCUGAGCAGAAGUGCUCCCCUCCAGUCCCUCCCUCCUCCUCCCUGGUUCGAACAGUGGGCAGAGCAGCAAGAGAACCAAACCAGCCAAAAGAAAGCGGAAAGCUCCCCUCAGGACAAGUUCCAAACAUCUUAUAACCUACCUUGGCUUAUCGGGAGGAGGAAAUCUUCUUACUGCGAAUGCUGCCGACAAGUCUUCACCAGUCUGAAAGAGCACUUAGAGUCCGAACAGCACCACAGAUUUGCGAUGGAUCAGUCAAACUACAGCACGGUGGAUCAGGUAGUGGCUGGAAUGCCUCCUGCGUUCGAUUCCACUGUGUCUCACCUCUCAGAAGAAGCUCUCAACAGACCGCCGACCCCUCUGCCUGUUGAGGACUUUUGCGGCAUGGAGCUUGAUAUCGAGGAUUCGAAGCAGGCCGAAGAGGAUUUCUUUUUGAACACUGGAAGUCCUCCGUCCUGUCGCCCCCCCAGUGCGUCACCUGGACUCCAGCUGGCUGAGCCAAAGCAGGAAGACGUUGCCGCUGAAAUGAACUCUCUCGCUCCACACACGCCCUCCCCGUGUAGCGUUAACCCACCUCCCGCCUUAAGCCCAGCCGCUCCCGAGCCAAACGUCCAGCGACUCGACCCGGAGUCGCCCCCCCCUCAGCCCGAGGCGCUCCACCUCCCCACAGGUCCGGCUGAGCCGCUCUCCCCUCAUGCUGCCUCCUCCCUGCCUCCAUUCCUCAGCCCAGAAAUCCCAUAUCCCUGCUACGCCAUGGACCCCCACAGCUCGUACUCGGACCCCCCCGUCCUCAGUCCUCAGCACUGCGCUGAGGAAAGAUCAGAUGACCUGAACCUCAUGGACUCCGUUCCUCAGCUGUCAGCGACGACGCGAACCCCCAGGAAGCGCCGUCGCUCCGCCAGCGGCGAGCAGAACUCCAGGAAAAGAAGGAGAAGGAGCCCUGAGACCGGGACGGGUCCGGCUGCAGACGAUUCUCCGACUCGCAGCUCUCGUACGUCACACACCCUCGGUUCACCGCAGACUCCAACCACUCAUCCUUCUGCGCUCGAUGCUCCGCCUGACUCCCACGUCGAAGACUCCCGGCGCUCGCAGCCCCACGCCACCCCCGUCUGCAUCGAGCGGUCGCUCAUCCCCGACCCGGCCGCGCUCACGUCGCCGUCGUCGGACUCGGAGUGGGACUGCGGGCUGCUGUCCCGGCUCGGCCCCCCCGCCGCCGCGUGCCCGACGCCCGCCGGGCCGAGCUGCGAGCUGGACACGGAGCUGCUGCACAGGCCGCGGCCCUGGACGUACGGCAGCGGCUACGAGUCUCACCUGCACACCAUCCUCCAGCAGUCGGCGCCGUGCGCCGACGAGACAGACAUUUCACCGUUUUCCAGGAGUGUGGCGCAGAUCGCAGAGGUUCAGUGA